CAGUCAACUGACAAUCGAACCUAGUGCGUAAUGGUCACAGUUGUUGACUGACGCAUUGUCUUCGCGCUUGGAAGAGUUCGGAUACACGGUGCAUUGAUAUCCCUUAAUCCACGAUGAUGGGAGCGGGUAAAGUUGCUGCGAUCAUUCUUGUUGUGGGCGCUGCCCUCGGUUACUACUAUACCGCCAAGAAUGCUCGACCCGAGAUUCCAGUGAGGACAGAGUCCAUGAAGGAAUAUGACUACAUCAUUGUUGGUGCAGGUUCGGCGGGAUGUGUGCUGGCAAACCGCCUCAGCGAGGACAAGAAUAAUAAGGUGCUGUUACUGGAAGCUGGAGACGAGGGUACGGCAAAGGAGUUGGAGGCGCCAUCGUUGGGGGGGAAGGAAAUCCACGGUCCAAGGGAUUGGAAGUACAAGAGUGUGAGGCAGGAGAAUGCUUGCGGGAAUUGGCCCAAUCGGGAGUGUCUCAUUCCCCGCGGUAAAACCCUUGGUGGUACAAGCGCCAUCAAUGCCAUGCUUUACGCGAGAGGCAACAAGGCGGAUUAUGACGAGUGGCAUGAAAUGGGAGCGACUGGUUGGAACUAUGAUAAAGUUCUACCAUACUUUGUCAAGGCGGAGAACACGGAAGUUAAGCAAUUUAGAAACUCGCCCUACCAUGGAACCAGUGGUCCUCUAAAGACAUCUCUCAUCCCAAACACACCCAUUGGAGAUUAUCUUCUAGCAGCAGCAAAGGAAUUGAAUGUCACCAGCAGUGACUAUAAUGCUGAAGAACAAAUCGGUAUGCAUUAUGGCCAGUCUACCAUGGGUGGUGGAGAGAGGUCCAGCACCUCAAGGAUGUAUCUAUUCCCAGUCAUGGACAAGGAGAACUUACAUGUUGUGGUUCAUGCACAUGUCAAAAAGAUUCUUUUUAAAGGGGAUCUUACCACUGGUAUUGAAUACGCCACUCCUCUUUCUGGGCAUGUCACGGUGCUGGCAAGGAAGGAAGUGAUCCUCUCAGCGGGAGUGAUUGGAAGCCCCCAGCUGUUGCUGCUGUCUGGAGUGGGACCAAAGGAGCAGCUCGAGAAACUUGGGAUCCCUGUCGUAGCGGACUUACCAGUUGGACACAACCUGCAGGACCACCCGACAACUUGGGGCCCAGAGAUCUACAUUGACGAACUAAUCGGACGCAUUGAAGAAGAUUUUAAUGACUAUCUCGAAGAGUUGAAAUACGAUUGGUUAAGAACAGGCAUUUACACCCUAGCAUAUGGGUGUGAUAACGUGAUGUGGACCAAGACAAGUCUGCAGACAGCAUCUUGGCCUGACAUACAAGUUCAUUUGUUCCCGUUCCUUGCCUCUAACGAUGUUGAUCAGGAUGGGGUUGUGAGACUAUAUAACUGGGAUGAGAAGGUGAAGAGAGACUAUUACGCCUACAAGAAAGGUCAGCAUGGGAUAACGGCCAUGGUCAUACUUACAAGGCCUACAACAACCGGCUAUCUGCAACUCAGGUCAAAGGACCCAGAAGAAGAUCCAAUCAUUCACCUAAACUAUCUAGCAGACGAUGAUGACGUCAAGCGGUUGAUUGAAGGUAUAAGAUUCACCGAGAAGUUGAUAGGAACCAAAGCGAUGAAGAAAUUGAAUCCAAGACUUCGUGAAUCCGUGAGAAAGAUGCCCGGAUGUGAGCAUCUCAAUGCGGGAUCUGAUGAAUACUGGAGAUGCUACUUGAGGCAGAAUGUGCAGAGCAUGUACCAUCUGUCCGGAACCUGCAAGAUGGGGGCGGUAGCAGACCCAACCACUGUAGUCGAUCCACAACUUCGGGUGAAAGGACUUCGAGGCCUCCGGGUGAUCGAUGCGUCCGUCAUGCCAUUUGUGACAUCUGGGAACACGAAUGCCCCUACCAUCAUGAUAGCGGAGAGAGGGGCGGAUUUCAUCAAGGGAGUCAUGUCGGUAGAACCUAUCGAUCUUACCAAGGAGAAGAAAAAUUACCAAUAGCAAAAACCGUUAACUUCGAAAGUUCCUCGAUUACUUUGCAUAGAUCUUCUUGACCAUGCAGAAUUCAGACCCAAAAGUAGUUUGUAAGUCCGGUGUAACCUGUCAGUGUUUCCUAUACUUAGUGUUUCUCUUAGUUUUCCUCUAUUUAUGGAGAAUGCAGCCACUAACCAAAAAGCAACCAUUCGAGGCGGAUCUUUUGUUGGGGAAACAGACACAGAAACACUAGUCAUGAGGCCGAUUCAAGGUCUUUGCGUGUUUCCUUAAAUUACAGUUUUGGAGAAAGUCCCUCGAAUCUGAAGAGUUGAGCUUCCUAAUUACAUGCCAGAUCAUAACUGUCCUUAUACUCUGAUUUGGCUAGACAUGAAUUAACUACAAAAUGUAACUUAUAUAAGUGUUGAAGAUUUUAUACAGAAUGAUAUUUACAUGUAAUAAAAUAACAAUACAUGUUCGUCAGAUUUGGCAAGAA